AUGGGGAAGUGUUCCACAUUCCCAAAUAUUAUUCAAUUUCUAUGGCGGUCGUCUCUCAGCUGGAAUAUCGCUCUCUCCCACUCUCCACAGAAAGAGUACUGUCUGUCACAACUUGACCCAGAUCCACACUUAAUUGCCUUUGCGUGCUCUUCAAAAAGAUGGUAUUCAUGGAUUCACGUUUUCUUCAUGAUUUCCACUACCCUGGCUUUUGAUAUCUCUCGCUUUCUGGUGGGUGAUAUGUCAUCUGAUUUCAAGUUAGAUGCAGUUAAAGGCCAUGAUAGUGAGGACCCAGAAGUUGGUUCUCUAAAUGCAGUUCAUACCAUUCUUCCAGAACGUAGAGCUACGAUUUUGAGUGACAGAUUGUUUAGAGGGAGUCGAGCUGGGCAUGGCGAGACUGUCUCUAUUCCGAAUGAAAAGCGUGGACAUGGGUCAGCAAAGAAAUCUGGACCUCUGUUGUCUGGGACAGCUUAUUGCAUUUCUUCUUGCAGCAUGAUACUGCUGAACAAAGUUGUUCUGUCCAGUUACAACUUCAAUGCAGGAGUAUCCUUGAUGUUUUAUCAGAAUUUGAUAAGUUCCGUAAUUGUUGUCCUCUUGGGCUUCUCUGGAGCUGUUACUGUGGAAAAGCUCAAUUGGAAACUGGUCAGGGUCUGGAUCCCUGUCAACAUAAUCUUCAUCGGCAUGCUUGUGUCUGGCAUGUAUAGUUUGAAAUACGUAAAUAUUGCAAUGGUCACCAUUCUGAAGAAUGUGACAAAUAUUUUAACAGCAAUUGGAGAAUUAUAUUUGUUCCGGAAACAUCAGAGUCAGAAAGUGUGGACUGCCAUGUUUUUGAUGAUUAUCUCCGCUAUCAGCAGUGGCAUUACAGAUAUCUCCUUUGAUACAUUAGGUUACGCAUGGCAGAUUUCGAAUUGCAUACUAACAGCAAGCUACUCACUCACUCUACGGCGAGUCAUGGAUGAAGCAAAAAAAUACACAAGAUCUGGCUCUCUCAAUGAAGUUUCGAUGGUGUUGCUGAAUAAUUUGUUAUCUCUACCAUUUGCUGCCUUCUUGAUUAUUAUGUUUGAUGAAUGGGAAUAUAUAAUAAGCGUGGAUGUAAUCAAAUUGCCUAUGUUUUGGGUCAUUGCAACAGCUAGUGGAUUGCUUGGACUUGCCAUCAGCUUCACCUCCAUGUGGUUUUUACAUCAAACUGGCCCCACCACCUAUAGUCUGGUGGGUUCCUUAAACAAGAUUCCGAUCUCGCUUGCCGGUUUAGUCCUGUUCAAGGUUUAUUUGCCGGAAUAUUCUUCGCCAAGGCCAAGAUGUCCUGAUCCAGGCCUGAAUUUUAGAAUUGAGAUGAAGGAACUAACUCAUGCUCAGAUAAAAGAAAGGCAAACUGCCUGCACAAACAGUUUCUGGGCUUGGAAGAAGUACGGGAUAUACUUCUUUUCUUUCUUUUUGAUGGAGAAAGCAAAGAUUUUAUAUGUUACAAGCAUAGGACCAAUGAGUUACAAGAGUUGGAAAUUGCAAUUCUGUUUACAUUUACUACUUGGUUAUGAUUGGCCAAGCUAA